AUGUCGUCGUUCGCCGGCGUGUCGGUCGUCGACGGCGUCGAUCUGUGCCCCCCUUGCGCCGGGUCGGCCUGCGAAACCAGUGCGGACUGCGGGUACCACCUGCUCGUGGUCCAGGACUACUCGCGCGCCAAGGAGAAGGCGCCUACCGGGGAGAGCAUCAUCUCCCGGCCCUUCAGGGUCGGAUGCCACACGUGGCAGAUCGAGCUCUUCCCCAACGGCGACAACCCGAGCUGCGCCGACUUCGUCUCUCUCUACGUCUGCCGUCUCGACGACUAUCUCAACAAUGCCGUGGAUGCCAAGUUCAGUCUCAGUUUCGUCGACCAGGCCGAGAAGCAGAAGCCGGUGUACAUUCUUGGGACCGAGACGUGCAGCUUCCCCCAUGGCGGUUCCCGAGGCCACCGCAAGUUCAUGAGGAAAGACGCCCUUGAACGGUCGGAGAAUAUGAGGCGUGAUGGUUUCACCGUCCGCUGCGACAUCAUGAUCUGCUGCGAGGAGGAUGAUGCCAGUGGCACCGGCCCGCCUCGCUACAUAUGCCAGCAUUUUAGCACUCUCCUUGAGAGUAAGGUGGGUGCUGAUGUGACAUUCGAGGUCAGCGGCGAGACGUUCGCUGCGCACCGGUGCGUGCUUGCUGCCCGGUCGACGGUCUUCAUGGCGCAGCUCUUUGGCCCCAUGAAGGAGGGCACCACGUCCAGUGUCAUACGGAUCGAAGACAUGGAGGCAAAAGUGUUCAGGGCUUUGCUUAGGUUCAUCUACACAGAUUCAUUCCCUGAGAUGGAGAAGGAAUGCGUGCGGGAGGAAGCACAAGAUGUGGAACAAGGACAAGAAGAGGAUGAAAUGCAUCUGCAAUGGCUGCAAGGCUUAUUUACGGCGGCAGACAGAUAUGACCUCCAACACCUCAAGUUCAUCUGUGAAAAGCGGUUGUCUGAGGACAUAGGUGUGAGUUCGGUGGCGUCCACUCUUGUUCUGGCCGAGCAGCACGACUGCAGCGGGUUGAAGAUGGCGUGCUUCAAGUUUAUUCAAGCUCAAUCUUCCUCCUGUUUGAAAAGGGUAAUGUCAACUAAUGGCUGGGGGCAUUUAAUGAUGACUUACCCCUCUAUUUUGAAUGAGGUCAUUGCCAAGCUUGCUUCGAAAAAGCGUAAGAAGCACUCUACAUAGAUUGUAGUUCUGCGUCUUGCUUUUGUCUCGUCCUGUAAUUUGCCUAUAUGCUGCAGUAUCAGAAAUAUCCAACAUAUGGGCAAAUUGUCUCUAUGCAAUGGAUGGUCUGUUAAUUCAGGUGUAGAACUGCAUUGCAGCCCUGUGCAAGUUCCCUAGCUAGUCAGUCUUAUCCUCGUGUAUUUCUCUGUGCACUAAUUGUGUUGUAUAUUAUUGCUCUGUGCCUUCUUCAUGAUGUACUCCGUAGAUGGUUUUGGGAAGGCAUUUUAUGAACCUAGAUUUAUG